UUUCGUGUUUAGUUUUUUUUUCAAGUUAAAAUUCUCAAAAUGAAGUGGACAACUGCGAAUCUUAAAAACCCUAAUUACUCGGAAAAUCAUGAAAUCUACGUUGGAACCCAUACCGGCUCCUUUAAAAAAAUAACUGUAGCCAAUGAAGAUAAACCCUUCCUGCAACAGAACCUUCAAGAAAUUAGCAAACUUGACAAAGAUUCCCGAGUCACAGCUCUAGGAUUCGGAAAUGAGGACAAAUCCGAAGUGCUCAUUGGUCGAGCAAAUAAAUUCGUUCAAGUCUACUCGUUAGACACCCAAAUGGCACAGACCAACCUUGAAAUGUUGGAUGCUCCAGUUGUAGGUAUUUGUCGUUAUGACACUCAAUUGAUUGCAGGUUUUGGCACCGGAAAGAUUCAAAAGCUUCAAAUAGCUGAAGACAUGGUUUUAUCAGCUGGUGAUAACAUAGCCCAUCUUCGACAAUGUGAAGUUGAAAGGAAACUCGUUGCCACAGGAGGAAAAGGUCGUCAAAACAAUUUGAAGGUUUUCGACAUGGAUGCUGGCAAACAGGUUUUCUCAUCAAAAAAUCUACCCAACGAUUUCUUAGAACUCGAAGUUCCAGUUUGGGAUUCGGACGUGGGUUUCAUUGAUGCAAAUACUAUUGCCACCUGCUCGAGGCACGGUUAUGUUAGGUUGUAUGACACUCGGGCUCAGAGAAGACCAGUUCAGAAAUAUGCUACAGAAGAUCAGAUGAGUUUUGCAACUCUAGUUGCAAGAGAUCAUUAUAUUUAUACUGGAACGACAAUGGGAGCAAUGAAGGCAUUCGAUACACGUCGCAUGAAGAACUUUGUUCACACCUACAAAGGAUUCACGGGGAGUAUAAGCGAUGUGCACUUGGACCAAAGUGGGAAGUUCUUGGUUUCGUCGUGCUUGGAUAGAUACGUGCGGGUUCAUCACACAGAUUCGUGUGUCAUGAUGUAUCAAUGUUAUGUAAAGUCGAAAGCCACCCGAGUGCUGAUUCGGAAUGCUGUAGGUAAAGAGAAAACAGAUGAUGAUGUUGUUUUGGUUGGAGUUGAAAACGGCGAGGAAGAAGAGGAUGAUGACGAUGUUGAUGAAAAGCCACAAGAAAAAGAUGACGAAUACGAUGAGAUAUUUAAUAGUAUGCCAACAGUUGGUGACAAGGACUCAGACGACGAAGAACAAAAGGAAAAAUCUACGGUCAAGCGAAAAGCCGAAGGAAAAAAUAGAAAAAAUAAAAAAAAGAAAAAGAAUGUUUGAGUCGAAUUAUGUACUUGUGCUAUAGAAAUAAUUAUUAAAUUUUAUUUUUUCAAAAACAA